CAUUUUCUUUUCCAAAAAGUUAUGUCAUAGCCAUUUAAUCAUGACAACUAGAAUGACAAUCAGUGUGACGGAUAUCACGAUUUUCACUUUCCUUCCUUAUAGGGGCAGAGGAAAAGCAGGGGGAAGCUGGCACUGCGAUAAUCCUGGACUCGAAGCUGCAUUACUGUGCAAGGACCCAUGUGUGGUCGAUAAGCAGUCUGAAGGAUGACGAUGAGUAUCCUCGCCGACUGGAUGCCUCUGGCCCCACUCACGGACGAGGAAAUUUAUGGCACAGGAGCCAGUAUCAAAGAAGAGCUCAGUGAAGAUAUUUCCGAGGAUGCUUGUAUUGAAAUUAAAGAAGAACCGUUUGAUUAUGCAGACAAAGAGAGGGUGAACAACGAGAAAGUGAAACAUGAAUGUCUUUUCUUUCAUAGUUUUGAUGAACUAAGACAUGAAGGAAAUGCAAAGAACAUGUAUAAUAUGGUUCAGGAUCGGAAAGGCACGUUAAGAACGCCUUUUGUGGUUGAGAAUUGUCUGAAUAAGAAUUCAUCAGAUGGAGAUCAGGCGAUGCAUAAGGAAACUCUUAAUCAGGAUACACAACCAAAAGUGGAAGCCAAAUUGAAAAGUUUUGUAUGUGAGGGAUGUGGCAAGAAAUUUCCUCAUAAGAAUUAUAUCAACAUUGAUAUGAGAGUUCACACAAAAAAAGAAGCCAUUCAGCUGUGAGAUUUGCAGCAAGGCCUUCUCUCAGAAAGGUACUACAGUAAAGCACACGAGAGUGCAUACAAAGGAGAAGCCAUUCAGCUGUAAGAUUUGCUGCAAGGCCUUCUCUCAGAAAGGUGCUAUAGCAAAGCACAUGAGAGUACAUACAAAGGAAAGGCCGUUCAGCUGUGAGAUUUGCAGCAAGGCCUUUUCUGUGAAAGAUAUUCUAGUAGAUCACAUGAGAGUGCAUACAAAGGAAAAGCCAUUCAGCUGUGAGAUUUGCAGUGAGGCCUUCUCUCAUAAAGGUCAUCUAGUAGAGCACAUGAGAGUGCAUACCAAGGAGAAGCCAUUCAGCUGUGAGAUUUGCAGCAAGGCCUUCUCUCAGAAAAAGUACUAUAGUAAAGCACAUGAGAGUACAUACAAAGGAGAAGCCAUUCAGAUGUGAGAUUUGCAGUAAGACCUUCUAUGAGAAAUGUACUCUAGUAGAUCACAUGAGAGUGCAUACAAAGGAAAAGCCUUUCAGAUGUGGGAUUUGCAGCAAGGCCUUCUCUCUGAAAGGUACUCUUGUAAAGCACAUGAGAGUACAUACAAAGGAGAAGUCAUUCAUAUGUGAGAAUUGCAGCAAAACCUUCUAUGAGAAGGGCCAUCUAUCAAGGCACAUGAAAGUACAUACAAAGGAGAAGCCAUUCAGAUGUGAGAUUUGUGGCAAGACCUUCUAUGAGAAAGGCCAUCUAGCAAGACACAUGAGAGUACACACAAAGGAGAAGCCAUUCAGAUGUGAGAUUUGCAGCAAGGCCUUCUCAAAGAAAUGUACUCUAAUAAAACACAUGGGAGUACAAACAAAAGAUAAUCCAUUCAGCUGUGAGAUUUGCAGCAAGGCCUUCUCAGAGAAAAGUAUUCUAGUACAGCACAUGAGAGUACAUACAAAGGAGAAGCCAUUCAGAUGUGAGAUUUGCAGUAAGACCUAUGAGAAAAGCCAUUUAGCAAGGCACAUGAGAGUACAUACAAAGGAGAAGCCAUUCAGCUGUGACAUUUGCAGCAAGGCCUUCUCCGAGACAGGUAAUCUAGUAAAGCACAUGAGAGUGCACACAAAAAAGAAGCCUUUCAGCUGUGAGAUUUGCAGCAAGACCUUCUCUGAGAAAUGUACUCUAGUAAAGCACAUGAGAGCACAUACAAAGGAGAAGCCAUUCAGCUGUGAGAUUUGCAGCAAGGCCUUUUCUGUGAAAGAUACUCUAGUAGAUCACAUGAGAGUGCAUACAGAGGAGAAGCCAUUCAGAUGUGAGAUUUGUAGCAAGACCUUCUAUGAGAAAGGCCAUCUAGCAAGACACAUGAGAGUACAUAGAAAGGAGAAGCCCAUCAGCUGUGAGAUUUGCAACAAGGCCUUCUCUGUGAAAGGUACUCUAGUAAAGCACAAGAGAGUGCAUACAAUGGAGAAGCCAUUCAGCUGUGAGAUUUGCAGCAAGACCUUCUAUGAGAAAGGCCAUCUAGUAAGGCACAUGAGAGUACAUACAAAGGAGAAGCCAUUCAGUUGUGAGAUUUGUAGCAAGACCUUCUCUGAGACAGGUAAUCUAGUAAGACACAUGAAAGUACAUACAAAGGAGAAGCCAUUCCGCUGUGACCUUUGCAGCAAGACCUUCUCUGAGAAAAGUUCUCUAGUAAAGCACAUAAGAGUACAUACAAAGGAGAAGCCAUUCCGCUGUGAGCUUUGCAGCAAGACCUUCUCUGAGAAAAGUUCUUUAGUAAAGCAUAGGAGAGUACAUACAAAGUACAUACAAUGUGGCCUCCACAUUCUAGUAAAGCAUAUCAGAUUACAUAGAAAGCGGAAGCCAUACAGUUACGAUAUUUCCUAAAAGGCAUUCUCACAUAACCAUAAUCACAUGAGCCAUUUAAGAGUACAUGCAAUGAAGUAACCAUACUCCUGUAAUAUUUGCAAUAAGGCUGCACAUGAAACAACUCUUGUGAAUCAUAUUAUAUUGCAUAUAAAGGAGAAGCCAUACUGUUGUGUGAUAUGCUAAAGCUAUGAUAUCUAUAAUAACUAAUCUAUUGAGGUAUUUUUGAGACUAUAUACAAAAGAGAAUCCAUAUACAUAAUAUAUUUUAACACAGAGAAGAUAUCUCGUGGGGAAUAAAUAGCAUUAUAUUUCAUCUAAAGGUAACAAACUUCUUGAUACUAUUGGUGAGUAAUUGUCCCAAGCUUUUAGGAACACAUUUACUGAUUUAUGCUGUACAAAACAUUUUUAAUAUUUAGAUUUUUCAAGAAAAAUAAACUUUUAUGAUUUAUCCUUACUUAAUUUUCCAUGGUGUUUUUGUUCAGGUAAACUCAUGUUUGCCUUUACUAAACAAGGAUGUCAAAAUA